UUUGUCCAGCCAGGGAAGCAAGUGUGUUGCUAUGAUUGUGUGGAGUGCCCUGAAGGGAGGAUUUCAACCCAGAUGGAUGCAGGUCAGUGUGAGAAGUGCCCUGUGGACCAUUAUCCAAACAAGAACAAAAAUUGGUGCAUUGGUAAAAAGUUAAGCUACCUGUCUUACGGUGAACCAUUGGGAGCAAUUCUGGUGUCUUUUACUCUCUUCCUUAGUGGGAACACAGUUGUGGUAAUGGGAAUAUUCAUUCUCUACCACCACACUCCCAUUGUCAAGGCCAAUAACUGGGGAAUCACCUGUGCUCUCCUCUCCUCUCUGCUCCUCUGUUUUCUCUGUUCCUUCCUCUUCAUUGGGUGGCCUGGGAAGGUGAUUUGCCUCCUGAGACAGAUGGUGUUUGGUAUAAUCUUUUCUGUGUCCAUCGCUUGUGUCUUAGCCAAAACCUUGACUGUGAUUUUGGCCUUCAUGGCCACCAAGCCUGGAAGCCAGAUGAGGAGAUGGCUUGGGAACAGACUUGCUCUGUCAGUCAUCAUCUUACCCUCUCUGAUUCAAAUUGAUAUCUGCAUUGUUUGGUUGGCCAUUUCUCCCCCAUUUCCAGAAUCUGACAUGCAUUCCCAGAGUGACACCAUCACACUUCAAUGCAACCAAGGUUCAGAUCUCAUGUUCUACCUUGUCCUGGGCUUCAUGUGGCUAUUGGCCAUUAUCAGCUUCACAGUGGCUUUCUUUGCCCGGAGGUUGCCCAACUCAUUUAAUGAAGCCAAGCUGAUCACUUUCAGCAUGUUGGUUUUCUGCAGCAUAUGGGCAUCUUUUGUGCCAGCCUACCUUGGCACCAAAGGGAAAUACACAGUGGCUGUGGAGGUCUUCUCCAUCUUGACCUCUAGUGGUGGCUUGUUGGGUUGCUUCUUCUUCCCUAAAUGCUACAUUAUGAUUUUCCGGCCUGAACUAAACACCCGAGACCAAUUAGUAAGAAAAAGAAGUGGUGGUAAUUUGGGAUUCAGGAAUACCAAUUUAUAAGUAUGCAG